GGUCGGUGUAAUGAAUUGCAACCUUGUGUUGAGUGCAAAGUCUUCAAGUCUGGCACCUAUUCGCCCGUUGAAUGUCGUGACAAAUGUACGUUUGAUUAUGAAAUCACCGAUUCAUUAGAGACUCGUGAGGGCGCGCGUCGGUGUGUCUACUUUGACAAAGAGGACUGUGCCAUCAGUUUUCACUACGAAUACAACGAUAAUAAACUGUUUGUUAGGGUGAAGGAGGAGAGGGAGUGUGUGACGCCCGUUAACGCCACUAUUGUGGUCGGAUCGGUAGCCGGAUCUAUAUUCCUCGUAGGAUUCCUUGUCUUACUAAUAGGACGGCUAGUAAUCUGGUAUAAGGAUAAGCUAGAGUGGGAUCGGUUUAAUGAGGAGGCGUCCAGAACUAGGAGUGCAAUGCAAAAGUCUGAGACAGAAAUGAACCCACUGUUCAAACCGGCAAAAACUCAACACCAGAAUCCAAUGUAUGGCCGCUCUAAACAUCUUUAAGAUUAAUAAAUAUAGUAUUUAAUCAUACAUUUAAAUAAGUGCAUAAUCUCUCAUGCAUUUCACCAAAAGUAUUAUCAAAUUUAGUAAUACACAUAAUUUUACUUAAAAAUAAAAAUUUUAGUAUAGUAUAUACAUGUGGACUAUUCUUAC